AUGAAACAUAAUGCUCGACGACGUAAAGUACAUGUAACUGAAUUACAAAAGGACACAAUUCGUUUAACAUUCACUUGCUCUCAAGAAGAUUUUCCCGUCACAUCCAAGACUUCAUUACAACGUGAAUUAAAAGAAAUGGAUUUUAAAUAUGGUCAGGCAAAAAGGGUCAAUGUUCUGAUGGAUGCAAUUGCGUUUCAGGCAUUUCCAGCCGUAUACUUCGGACGUUUGAAUGAACUGUGGGAUAGUAAAACAAUGUGUUAUUAUAUCAUGAUGGAACAUGGCUAA